UCUGUGCCGCUCUGCGUCAUUCAUUCAACUCGCUUUGUACGCGCCAGCUUGCUGUCAAACAAAUGUCAAAAUUYCAAAUGUUUUUGUUAUUGUCGUACAUUUUCUAUCAUCCAGUGCAUUUGCAAUAAUCUCCAGCGCGCAUAAAAUCAACGAAACGCUAUGGAUGAGCAGGAUGACAAUUUGAAUAUAGCCACUGGCAACSCGGCGAACAAUAGCCAUAACAACAACAAUGGCGAUGAGUCAGAUGARGAAGUUAUCGAGGGUAUGGAAUUGCUGGAGGGCAACUAUCAGGUGCUGCGGCAGUGGGUGCCACCCGCACCGAAUUAUUGGGAUGCACCACCCAAGGCGAUCAUCAAAUCGGCGGAAGUGAG